GCUUGGAGUCAGCCUUUCCCUGUUUGCACAAAGCUUAAUUAACACUAUAAAACCUGGGUGGUUUGAACCAGAGACAGGUGCGUCUCUUCACUGGGAUGCUAUAAAACCCUUUGGCAGUAUAAAAUGUCUCGGAAGAGCAAACCACAGCUUUCAAAAACAGCAAACUAACCCCUGGACUGCACACUGCUCCCAGACUGGUUUCAACAGAGGGCUGCCUACGCUACAGCAUUUCAUGGUUAAAAUGGGUCAGAAGUCUCUGGUGCUUCACAGUUUUCUCUUUUUCAGCUUCAUCUCUGAACUCAAAGGCGUCUGGGUGACCCUGAACGUGGAGGAGGGCGGCGGCGUCCUCACGCUGCAGAAGGCGCAGACGGUGUCGCUGGUCUGCGAGGCGCGGGACCACGAGCGGGCGGAGGAGCUGGAGUGGUACCGGGACAAGGCACUGGUCCGGCUCGAGGAGCAGAACAAGUUCAACAGCAGCAGCCUGUGCGUCCAGUCGGUGUCCGAGGCCGACCACCGUGUCACCUUCAGUUGCCAGCUCCGACGGGACGGCAGCGUCAACGCCUCUGUCCAGCUGGACGUGCGCUUCCCGCCAGACUUGUCCGGCACAGAGACUCGGACAGCAGAGGUAGGCAGCGCGGUUGCGCUGACCUGUAACAUCUACGCCAACCCCCAGGUGUCUGUGACCUGGUUGAAAAAUGAUGCCACUCUCAAUCUGGAAGAAGACGGCUACUCUCUGUAUCAGGAUGGGAAGGAGGCCACACUGUCCAUUGCCAAGGUGCAGUACUCCCACCAGGGCACCUACAGAUGCGAAGCACUCUCUCCCCAGCAUGGAAACAGCACAAAAACCUUCAGCCUCACAGUGGAAGAUAAGAAGACACAUUUCCCCUUUGAGCCCGUCAUUGCUGGGGUGGUGGUGGUGCUGUGCACAGUGUUCCUGGCCACGUUUUCCAGGAGGAAGAGAAUUGCCGCGUGCUGCAAAUGAGAAGACCUGCCAACUCAUUGCUUUGAAAUAUAUUUAUCAAAGACCCUCUUUGAACUUUUUUUAACUGCUGUGUUGUAAUAUCCUGAAUGUAAUGGAUUCGCUCCAAUUCUUUAUACCGAUAUUGAGUGGAAUUUGCUAUUAUAUACACACCCUAAACUAAAGCAUUAAAUAACUUAAGCAGACAUCUUCCACUGCUGUCCAAAAUGUACUCCUGCUCUUUAAUCAGAAUUUGACCUUCACAUUUUUACCUACAUUUAUAUCAUUUUGGAUCCAAGAAUUAUCCUCAAUGAUAGUGCCAUACAAUAUCAAAGGGAGAAAUUCAAGUCUUAUAGCACACUUAAUAGAAAAAGUGAUUUAUUUGUGUUUCAACUCUAGACUCCCAAUAUGUACAUACAUGGGACAUGGGCAGACUUCUUCCUGAAAGGACUAGCUCUACGAAACUGUGGAAAAUGGUUCUCCUUAAUUAAUUAAAUUCUGACAUUUACUACAAUAUGUAGCUACAAUAAUCCUGUUACAGUGCAUUAAGAGGCAAAGGAUUUAAAUAAUUCUCUAAUUAUAAAAAAGAUUCUGUUAA